AUGGGCCAAGGUUAUUCCCUCUCAACCCUUUCGGCGGGUUCAGCGGGGAUCGACAUCCCCGAGUUAUCGGAUCUGGUAUAUGAGAAGUCGAUGGGCGGUGGAAGGUUUAUGAAGAGUAUCCGCGCAAGACGGCGAAAUGGCCUAGCCUUUGUAAAGGUGAUGAUGAAGCCAUAUCCUAGCAUGACGCUGGACCGAUACAUUGAAGCCAUCUUCCGUAAGUGGUACCGCACAUUCAUUUACGGUGAGCGAGUUUCUGACAUGGACACAGGAGAACGCAAGGUGCUCUCGGAUGUCCCCAAUGCGUUAAGUUAUCAAAGGGCGAUCGAGACUUCCAACAGUGGUUAUUUAGUUCGCCAGUACAUCCACAGCUCUCUCUACGAUCGAAUGAGCACCCGACCGUUCUUGGAAGACAUCGAAAAGAAAUGGAUUGCGUUUCAGCUUUUAUGUGCGCUCAGAGAUUGUCAUUCAUUAGAUUUAUUCCAUGGUGAUAUCAAGACCGAGAAUGUUCUGGUCACCUCCUGGAACUGGCUCUAUCUCACGGACUUCUCUGCUUCGUUCAAACCAACCUUCCUUCCAGAGGAUAACCCAGCUGAUUUUUCCUUCUAUUUCGACACGUCUGGCCGGCGUACAUGCUAUCUGGCCCCGGAAAGAUUUCUAGUUGCUGGUGAGGAAUCCGGAAGCCGGGAGCUCAAUUGGGCAAUGGAUAUUUUCAGUGCCGGAUGCGUCAUCGCAGAACUGUUUCUCGAGUCGCCAAUAUUUACUCUAAGCCAGAUAUACAAAUAUCGCAAAGGCGAAUACAGCCCCGAGCAUAGCCAGCUGGCCAAGAUUGAGGACCCUGAGAUUCGAGCACUGAUCCUUCAUAUGAUCCAGCUGGAGCCAGAGUCGAGAUACUCUGCCGAAGAGUACCUCAACUUUUGGAAGAACAAGGCGUUUCCGGAGUAUUUCUACAGUUUCCUCCAUCAGUAUAUGUCUCUGAUGACGGACCCCUCCUCGGGUAGGGCAGAAGUCGGCAGCGAAUCAUCAACUAGGGGAGAAGCAGACGAUAGGAUCGAGAGGGUAUACCUUGACUUUGACAAGAUCUCUUACUUUCUCGGUUCCUCGCCCAGAUCCCAAAACGAUGGAGCUAGUCACGCCAGUGCAAGACUUACUGGUAGCACCUUUCCGGUCCACUUAGACUUGCCUCAUUACGAGAGUCAAACUUCAAAGCAGCCACAACGAACAGACGACGGUGUUCUGAUCUUUCUCACACUCGUCGCUUCGAGUCUCCGCAACACUUCUCGGGCCACUGCACGGAUCAAAGCUUGUGAUAUCCUUCUUGCCUUUGCAGACAGAGUGUCUGAUGAGGCAAAGUUGGACCGCAUCCUUCCGUAUGUUAUGAUUCUCCUGAAUGAUCGCGCCGACACUGUCAAGGUUGCUGCCAUCCGCACACUUGCACAUCUAUUGGAAAUGGUCCAUGUGGUGUCUCCGGUCAAUGCCUAUCUUUUCUCGGAAUACAUUUUCCCAAGGCUUCAACCAUUCAUUCCCUCUUCAAACUCCAACCCCAGUCCGAUGAUCCGUGCAGCAUACGCUUCUUGCAUAGCGUCGUUAGCUCAGUCCUCUCUGAGAUUCCUGGAUAUGAUCCAGGCUCUGCGGUCUGAUACGCGUCUUCCUGCUCUAAUACCGACUGGUUCGGAACCGCGAUGGACAGAGGACGCUACAUAUCACAAUCUAUAUGAUGUCGCGAGGGUUGACCUUCUUGAUUACUUCGAGGCACAUACUAAAGCUCUUCUAACUGACACGGACCCCUCGGUUCGUCGUGCAUUUCUGGGAUCGGUGUCCAGUCUCUGUGUGUUUUUUGGGAACCUCAAAACCAACGAGGUUAUCUUGAGCCACCUGAACACAUAUCUGAAUGACCGCGACUGGAUACUGAAGUGUGCAUUUUUCGAGGCGGUAGUCGGCGUUGCAGCUUAUGUUGGAAGCAUCAGCUUGGAGCAAUACAUUCUCCCCUUGAUGGUCCAGUCGCUGACCGACCAAGAGGAGUUCGUGGUGGAGAGGGUAAUUCGAUCGCUCGCCGCAAUGGCUGAUUUAGGUCUCUUCCAGCGAUCAACCACAUGGGAUAUUCUCCACAUUACGGUGCGGUUCUUGAUUCAUCCGAACAUUUGGAUCCGCGAAGCAGCUGUGACCCUCAUCGUCAACUCAACCAAGUUUCUGUCUAUAGCGGAUAAAUAUUCCAUUCUGACCCCGCUCAUCCGACCAUUCUUGAAAGUCAGCAUUGUCGGGUUCUCCGAAGGCGAGAUCCUUGACGCACUCAAGAGACCGCUUCCCAGGGGAGUUUAUGAAUUGGCUUUUGUCUGGGUGUCCAAAGCGGAGAAAGGCCUGUUUUGGAAAUCAGCUACACGCGAUGGCCUCUUUACUCUAGGAGUGGUGGAUGGCGUCAUCCCUAAGGGCAACCAGAAGGGCGCGGCCUAUACUCUCAGUGCCCAGCCUAAGAAUGAAGAGGACGAGCAGUGGAUAGCGCGGCUGCGGAACAUGGGAAUGGGUCCUGAUGACGAGCUCAAGCUGCUAGCUCUCAGGGAGUACAUCUGGCGGGUGUCCAUACGCCAAACAAGCGAAUUUGAUAACGGCACGUCGCCCUUGAACAACGUCAUCACCUUAGCACACUGCGGUGUCACUCCCCAGACGGUGUUCUUUGAUAAGAACCAGAACAAUAAGUCCCGGAGAAGCCCUUCAGAUAAGACCGAGACCAGCAGAACAGCAGACCGCAAACCCCACACCAUUACAGAUGCUCUACUGGACGCGUCAACAACGAUUGAUACUAGCCCGGGCUCUCGUCGCAAUCACCUGCGGUCGAAGACUCAGCCACACAAAGAACUGGGCGCAGCCCUAAAGAACGCCCGACAGAACACUCUGGACAAUGUCAGGGCCGCGGAUGAUUCACCGAUAUCGUCCCCAAUAGCCUCAUCACCAGGUGGUGCACCGGGUUCCAGGGGCAUGUCUCCUCCGAGCUCCGACACCGACCGCAGGGGGAGACAUAGCCCCGGACAAGAAAGUUCGUCAACGCCCACUGAAGCGGAGAACCCAACUGUCAGAAACUUGGUUUCUGGCGUGCAGCGAAAGUCCAGCGCGAUAAACCUUCUGAAUCGCAAGGAGACCGCCAAGGCCUACGCAGAAACCAGCACCAUUUCAGCGAACGCUUUUGGCAAAGUUGGCGUUCCAUCUCAACGAACACCCUCGCGGUUGUCGUCGCUCGACAGGAAGCCGGCUGAGCGGCCGCCCCAGAAUUACCAAAUCAACCACUCCUACGGAGGCGACGAUCCUGUGAUUCUCAAGCUCCUCGACAAUGUCUUUGCAGAGAACUAUCCCACGGACUUAUUCGACCUUGGGCCCUUUGUGAAAGAUGUAGAUUUAAGGAAACCGAUCCCAAAGGCCAGCGGCAACGACCCCACCAAGGUUUGGAAGCCGACGGGGGGGCUGGUCGCCAUCUUUGGAGAGCAUAGCGGACCAGUGAACCGGGUGGUAGUGGCGCCUGAUCAUGCGUUUUUUGUCACGGCCUCGGACGAUGGUACGGCUAAGAUCUGGGAUACGACUCGUCUGGAGAAGAACCUGACCCCCAGGUCUCGUCAAACGUACCGGCAUUCUACUGAAGCCAAGGUGAAGAGUUUGACGUUUGUUGAGAAUACGCACACGUUUAUCUGUGGUGCCACCGACGGAAGCAUCCAUGCCGUCAAGGUCGACUACCAUUGUGCCAAUGACACGGUGCGAUACGGCAAACUCCAGCUUGUCCGUGAGUAUCAACUGCCUGCGGCCGAUGAUGGAACCACAGAAUACGCGGUGUGGAUCGAGCACUUCCGCGUGGAAGCACAGUCAAUCCUUCUUGUCGCCACCAACACAUGUCGAGUGCUGGCUAUCGACAUGAAGACGAUGCUCCCGAUGUACACCUUGCAAAACCCCGUCCACCACGGCACUCCCACCACAUUCUGUUGCGACCGAAAGCACAACUGGCUGUUAAUCGGCACAACGCACGGUUUGUUGGAUCUUUGGGACCUUCGCUUCCGGGUUCGACUGAAGGCCUGGGGCCUUCCCGGCGCGAGCAACAUUCACAGGCUUCAGGUACACCCGACCAAGGGACGCGGACGGUGGGUCUGCGUUUCCAGCAGUGGCAGCCACGGCAACGAAAUCACCGUCUGGGACAUCGAGAAAGUCCGCUGCCGGGAGGUGUACCAAGCCGACUCGCCGCAGCUAGGCAACUCGGACGCGAACGGCGACACCGCCAAAGCACGACAGCCGUACAUGAGCCCGCGGGACUACGAGGCGUGGCACGUCGAGGGCGAUCGGCCGGAGGGCAUGCUGAGUCGCUUUGCGACGGGUGCACCGGCAUCGGGGGCCGUCGAACAGGCGUCGGGGCCUUCAUCAUCGGCGAUGCCGGCGCGUAUCUGCGCGUUCACGGUGGGCUUCGACGCCCCCGACGACGGCAAAGACAAUAGUACGCGGUGUGGAUUUAUCGUGUCAGGGGGGACGGAUCGCAAAAUCCGCUUCUGGGACCUGGCCCGGCCCGAGCUCUCGUCUAUUGUCAGUGGUCUUGACGCCGUCUCGGACGGUGUGGCGACCGGUAAGCCGCGGUACGAGCUGUCUCAGCCCGGGCCAUCUCUCCUGGUGACCACCGAGCAUCUCCCUCACCCUCCGGCGUCUGGAUCCGGCGGAAAGGGAGGCAGCAAGAAAGGGGGCAGCGGGCGACUUCCGCGCAGCACGGUCAUCAGUCUGCAGCAGCAGCAACUGCUGAAGAGCCAUCUGGACUUUAUUCAGGAUGUUGCGGUGUUGCGGGUGCCGUAUGGUAUGGUUGUUAGUGUUGACCGGGCGGGGAUGGUUUAUGUGUUUCAAUGA